AACUUUUAAUCUCAGACUCAUUCCUGACUCGGACUUCGCUUAUUUGCUGAACUUACUCUCUGCUCUGCGGUCAGUUCCUUUAUCUCUGCCUUGGCACUGAUUUAAGGUAAAGCUUGGCUCCUUACCUUGAUUCUUACAAACAGCUAUUUCCACAGGUAAUUUGUAAAAGAAGCAAGUCCUCCUAACUUGUAGGAAUGCUUAAAAUGCGAAUAAAAAUUUGACAUAUAUUUCAAGCUGAAUAUUGUUUCAUAUACAUUACACAUUUUCUCAUGAAUAGAGUAUGCCCUUGAAGAUACAGAGAACUAAGACAUCCUUAGUAGCCCUUGAAAUACUGGACAAAGUUAUAUAUAAGAACGUCAAUGAACAGAAAUGAAAAUAAAACAUCUAGCAUUUGCAAUUAACUCCACAUUAAUACAAAUCAGUUGAUGUAGGUGGGGGCAGAGGUGGCAUGGGAGAAUAUUAGGGGGAGAGUUUGCUUCAUAUUUGUGAUGGAUUAUCACAAUUGGUCAAAAAGAAGAGCUCAGUAAAAAGUAAUACCUUCUACUUUCUACAGAUGUUCUCAUUCCUGUCAAACAGAGAUUGGCCGUGACCAAAAAAUAUGCAGCAAGGUUCUGUGAUUUUUUUCUGAUGCAGCUAUUGGCCAGUGGACACUCAGCUAUCAGAUAAAAGCCCCUUCCUCUAGGAGAUUUCUCUAGCUGCUUUGAGUAGGGCAUCCUAGACUUUAACAUUGUAAACUUCCUAUUGCUAUUAAAGUCAUUCAACUCUGCCCAGUUUCUUUCCUUCUACCCUUAAAACUGCUUCUUUGCAGCUUUUGCCCAUAGCCACAAAGAAGUCAUAGUAUGUCUACCAAGAAAACACAGUUUUAGAAUAGGUAGAACAUUUCCAGUGCUUUCAGCCGUUAUGUCUUAACUAAUUUCAAAAUCUCCACAUCCUUGGUGAUUUCAUAUUUCACAAAUCUCAAUUCCUGGUAGUAAUUUCUCUGUUCCUGGAGUUUCUCUGGUUGCAAGAAACAGAUUCACACAUGCUAACUCAGGUGAGGAGGGGUUUGUUGUGAUCCAAGGCACAUCCAAGGGUAAGAACAGGAUUGAAAGAGCCUGCUUGGAAGUCCUUGUGGAUUCAAGGCCGCCUCAGGAACGUCCGUGGGCCAGAGUUGGUGAAACGUCACUGGAGUGUUCUCAGCCCACGCCAGAGACCCGGCUCCUCGCUGUGCUCGUUGCCAUGUGCGGUCUGUCUUCUUCCCCCAGGCUAAAUGCAUAUGAAACAGAAGAGUGUGUAUCAACAAACUCAAGCACUUUUGUGCAAGAAUUUUCUUAAGAAAUGGAGGAUGAAAAGAGAGAGCUCAUUGGAAUGGGGGUUCCCAAUACUUGUAGGACUUUAUAUGGGCACAUUUUUAUUUUUCAAAGAAAAUGUGCAUUUUCCUGAAAUACCUUCCCAGGAUCUGGGAAGGGUAGAUAAAUUUAAUAGCUCUUCUAUGAACCUUCUAUAUACACCGAUCUCUAAUAUAACCCAGCAGAUUAUGAAUAAAACGGCAUUUGCUCCCUUUUUGAAAGGAAGAAGAAUCACUGGGGUACCAAAUCAAAAAUAUAUGGAUAAAAUGCUUCUAGACGAUUUCCCAUAUGCAGUGGGAGUCAUCUUUAAUGACACUUUCUCUUAUAAGUUAGAAUUUUAUCAGGGAUAUGGCCUUACAAUUUUGAAGGAAGAUCUUUACCCAGCUCAGUGUGGGGAUAUAGCUAAUGAAUUUUCAUGUUCACUGGCCAAAUACUGGGCUACCGGAUUCCUGACUUUGCAAACUGCGAUUAAUGCUGCUAUUAUACAAAUCACAACAGAUCACUAUGUGAUGGAGGAGUUGAUGUCAGUUACUGCUAUAAAUAUGAAGACAUUACCCUUUAUUUUUAAAGAGAACCUUCACAAUGAGAUGUUUAUUUUCUAUUGCUUGGUUUACUUCUCCCCAUUUAUAUAUUUUUUAUCACUCAAUGUUACAAAAGAGAGAAAAAAGUAUAAGGAUUCGAUGAAAAUGAUGGGUCUACAAGAUUCAGCAUUCUGGCUCUCCUGGGGUUUACUGUAUGCAGGCUUCAUCUUCAUUACUUCCAUAGUCAUUGCACUCACCAUAACAUCCACCCAAAUUAUAGUCAUGACGGGCUUCAUGGUUAUAUUUGCUCUGUUUUUCACAUAUGGCUUAUCUUUGAUAGCUUUGGCAUUCCUGAUGAGUGUGUUGUUAAAGAAAACUGUCCUCACCAGUUUGGUCGUGUUUCUCCUCACUCUCUUCUGGGGAGGUGUGGGAAUCACUGCAUUUUAUGAAGAACUUCCUUCACCUUGGGAGUGGAUUUUCAGUAUUUGUAGCCCCUUUGCCUUCACUGCUGGAAUUAAGCAGAUUAUCCGCCUGGAUUAUAAUAUGUAUGGUAUGAUUUUUCCUGAUGCUUCAGGAGACUCGUAUAUAAUGAUAGCAACUUUUUCCAUAUUGGCUUUUGAUGCUUUUUUCUACUUGGUGUUGGCGUUAUACUUGGACAAAAUCUUACCCUAUGGAAAUGAGCGCCGUUACUCUCCAUUAUUUUUCCUGAGCUCAUCAUCUUGUUUCCAACACCAAAGGACUAGUAACAAAAUCAUCGAGAAAGAAAUAGAUCCUGAGCACCCUUCUGACGAUUAUUUUGAACCAGUUCCUCCAGAAUUCCAAGGGAGAGAAGCCAUCAGAAUCAGAAAUGUUAAAAAAGAGUAUAAAGGAAAGACUGGAAAAGUGGAAGUAUUGAAAGGCUUGUUCUUUGACAUAUAUGAAGGUCAAAUCACAGCAAUUCUGGGUCGCAGUGGAGCUGGCAAAUCUUCGUUGCUAAACAUCCUUAAUGGAUUGUCUGUUCCAACAGAAGGGUCAGUGACCAUCUAUAAUAAAAAUCCCUCUGAAAUGCAAGACUUGGAGGAAAUCCAAAUGAUAACUGGUGUUUGUCCUCAACGCAAUGUUCAAUUUGACACACUCACUGUGAAGGAAAACCUCAGGCUGUUUGCUAAAAUAAAAGGGAUUCAGCCGCAGGAAGUGGAACAAGAGGUUCAAAGAAUUUUAUUGGAAUUGGACAUACAGAACAUUCAGGAUAGUCUUGCUGUACAAUUAAGUGAAGGUCAGAAAAGAAAGCUGACCCUUGGGAUUGCCAUUUUAGGAGAUCCUCAAAUUUUACUGUUAGAUGAACCAACUGCAGGAUUGGAUCCCUUUUCAAGACAUCGAGUAUGGAGCUUCCUCAAAGAGCGCAAAGCAGACCGCGUGAUCCUCUUGAGUACACAUUUCAUAGAUGAAGCUGAUGUUCUGGCUGAUAGAAAAGUGAUCAUGUCCAGCGGGAGACUGAAGUGUGCAGGCUCCUCUGUCUUUUUGAAGAGAAGAUGGGGUCUUGGAUAUCACUUAAGUUUGUGCAGAAAUGAAACAUGUGAUCCAGAAAAAAUAACAUCCUUCAUUAAGCAUCACAUCCCCGAUGCUAAACUGAAGGCAGAAAGCAAAGAAAAGCUUGUGUAUGCUUUGCCUGUGGAAAGGACAAAUAACUUUCCAGACCUGUUCAGUGAUCUUGAUAAGGGUUCUGGCCAGGGUGUGAUGAGUUAUGACAUUUCCAUGUCAACUCUGAAUGAAGUCUUUAUGAAACUUGAAGGAAAAUCAACUACCGAACAAGAUUUUGAACAGGCAGAGAUGAUAAGGGACACAGGAAGCCGACAUGAAAUGGAGCCAGCGUGCUUUUCUCUCCCUGAAACGCAGAAGGCUGUGAGUGGCAUGCGUCUCUGGAGGAUGCAGUUCUGUGCAAUUGCACGACUCCGUUUCUUAAAGUUAAAACAUGGAAAGAAAGCACUUUUGACCCUACUGUUCGUAUUUGGGAUUGCAAUGCUCCCUUUGAUUGCGGAAAGGAUACAUUAUGUUAUAUUAAGUCAGAAGACUUCUUGGGAGUUUAAACCUGAAUUGUAUUUCCUCUCUCCUGGACAACUUCCCCAAGACCUUCGUACCAGCUUAUUGAUCAUCAAUAACACUGAAUCAGACAUUGAAGAUUUUAUACAAUCACUGAAGCAUCAAAAUAUCCUUUUGGAAAUAGAUGACUUUGAAAAUAGAAAUGGCACUGAUGACCCAUCUUACAAUGGAGCUAUCAUAGUUUCUGGUAAACAAAAAGCAUAUAGAUUUUCAGUUGUGUGCAAUACCAAGAGACUACACUGUUUUCCUAUUCUUAUGAAUGUUAUCAGCAAUGGGCUACUUCGAAUGUUUAAUCAUACACAAUGUAUUCGAACCGAGAGAAGCUCAUUUCCUUUUAUUUAUGCACCGUUCUGGACUGGGCUGCCAGAGGGCUCCUUUUUCUUGUUUUUUGUUGUGUGCAGCCUGUCUCCUUACAUCGCCAUGCACAGUGUCAGUGAUUACAAAAGGAGAACAAAGUCCCAGCUGUGGAUUUCCGGCCUCCACGCUUCUGCUUACUGGUGUGGGCAGGCACUGGUGGAUGUCAACCUCUACAAUUUUAUUCUCCUUUCAAUGUAUUUAACUUUCUACAUAGUAAACCUGCUGCCCAUUUAUCUCACAAGUCGAAUUGUGUUUGCUUUCGCUGUGAUUACAUUUGGUUAUGCGGCUUCUCUUGUCUUCCUGACAUAUGUGAUAUCAUUUAUCCUUCGUGAGAGGAGAAAAAAUAGUGGCCUUUGGUCAUUUUGCUUCUAUAUUAGCUCAGUCAUCACGUUUAGCAUCCUGGCUGAAUUUGACUCACUGCCUAUCUGGAUUGUUGGCAUGAUAUUAGUGCCCUCAAUGACCUUGGGCGGAUUUGUAGUUUUCUUGGAAGAGAGAGCCCACAAAAGCGAAAUAAAUUAUCCAGACCCAAAUUAUGAUCUGAAUGCAGCUGAUCUUCUACUAUGCCUAAUACCUUACUUUCAGGCUUUGCUGUUCAUUUUUGUUCUAAGAUGCUUGGAAAUAAAGUGUGGAAAUAAAAUAAUGCAAAAGGAUCCUGUUUUCAGAAUUUCCCCUAAAAGUAGAGAUGCUCGACCAAAUCCAGAAGAACCUGUAGAUGAAGAUGAAGACGUUCAAACAGAAAGAAUAAGAACAGCCACUGCCCUGACCACUUCAAUAGAGGAGAAACCAGUCAUCAUUGCUAGCUGUCUGCACAAAGAAUAUGCAGGCCAGAAGAAAAGUUGCUGUUCAAAGAGGAAGAAGAAAAUAGCAGUGAGAAAUAUCUCCUUCUGUGUUAAAAAAGGUGAAAUUUUGGGAUUACUAGGACCUAAUGGUGCUGGUAAAAGUUCGUCUAUUAGAAUGGUGUCUGGGAUCAUGAAGCCCACAGCUGGAGAGGUGGAACUGACAGGAUAUGAUUCAGUUUUGGAUCAUCGGGGGGACGGCAGUGUCAAGUUCCUGGGAUACUGCCCUCAGGAGAACGUGCUGUGGCCCACGCUGACAGCGAGGGAACAUCUGGAGGUGUUUGCUGCCGUGAAAGGGCUGAGGAAAGCGGACGCCACCGUUACUAUUUCACGAUUGGUGGAAGCUUUCAAACUGCAUGAACAGCUGAAUGUUCCAGUGCAGAAAUUAAUGACAGGAGCCACUAGAAAGUUGUGCUUUGUGCUGAGCAUCCUGGGAAAUCCACCCAUCCUGCUUCUGGAUGAACCGUCUACCGGCAUGGAUCCAACAGAGCAGCAGCAAAUGUGGCAGACGAUCCAGACAGCCAUUAAAAACACGGAGAGGGGCGCCCUCCUGACUACCCAUCACAUGGCAGAGGCCGAGGCCAUCUGUGACCGCGUGGCCAUCCUGGUGUCUGGAAGGCUGAGAUUCAUCGGCUCCAUCCAACACCUGAAAAACAAACUUGGCAAAGAUUACAUUCUUGAACUAAAAGUGAAGGAAACUUCUCAGGCGGCUUUGGUCCACACUGAGAUUCUGAGGCUUUUCCCACAGGCUGCAACGCAGGAAAGGUAUUCCUCCUUCUUGACCUAUAAACUGCCCGUGGAGGACGCUCACCCUCUUUCUCAGGCCUUUCACAAAUUAGAGGCGGUGAAAUGUAACUUUAACCUGGAAGAAUACAACCUCUCUCACUGCACAUUGGAAAAGGUAUUCUUGGAGCUUUCUAAGGAGCAAGAGCCAGGAGAUUUUGAUAGAGAGGUGGAUACAACAGUGAGAUGGAAACUCCUCCCUCAUUCAGAGGACCCUUAGCACUUCAAGCCUGAUACUUCUUUGCGGAUGUCGUAUAAGCCUGUGUCAUGUGCAAUAAUUAGCAGAAUUGUAGUUAGAAAAUUAUGAACACCAAUAUUAGUAUAUUUGUAUGUUUAAUCAAUAAACGAAUAAAUUUAAAAAUUAUGCUUCCCCUCAAAUUUAGCGGUGAUGGACGAUCUGUGAUAAAGGCAGUAGCACAAAGUGCUAGUAAAUAUACCUGAGGAGCCAGGCAUAGGGGGUUGUGAAAAUAACUCCACAAAGUUGAAGUUUUUUUAAAUACGACUUUUUAAGAAAUAUGACAUUUAUUAAACUUUGCUGCUCACCUGUGUGAGGGAUGUAUUCAACAGCUAUAGCUGCAUGAUUGUUGCACAACAGUUUGUGAUUCAUUGGAUACAUGAGUUCGCUUUAAUACACAAAUACCACCCAAGGGUCUUCCUCUGAAACCUUUUCAGAAAUUGUUUUAAAACUCGUGGGAUUAGGAGUCCCUUGUAUUCACAAGUGAACAAGCACGUGCAUUGGAAAAGCACUUCAAAUAUACCUUUUGAAAACAGUGGGAGUCACAGCAGUAUUUGUUCAGAUUUUUAAAAAUUUGACUAUGUUGUAUUAAGUUCUUACGUUUGUGGUGGGCACUGAUUUCCCUCAUCAUAUGAUCAAUAGUUCUUUCGUAUUUUUACUGCUGCUUUGAGAUUAUUUCUCUCUUAUGUAUCUUAUGUACACACACGUGCAGAUAUCUUUUGUAUUAUUCAAUUUAAAAAAUCUGUGCCAGCUUUACAUAGUAUUUCAUUUUCUCCUUAAACAAUAAGCUAUUUUGUUUUGAAUAUCACCAGUAAAAGUUUUCAAGGCCAAGCAGUAUUCUUGCUGCUUUUUGAGGGUGAUAUGUUACAUAACUUUAAAAACAAAUUGUUGUGCUCAGAGAAGAAAAUUUCUAUAAUAGAAAAAAAAAAAAAGAAAUUGAAUAAAAUGAAUAAGAGUCAUCACCCUUUCUCUAUACUGUCCUCCCAAAGUCAACUAUUUCCUUUUUUUCUUUAGUUUCUUCCUUUCUUUUCUUUGUUCAUUUUUUACAUAGAAUCAUGAUAGUACAUAUAAUUUUCUGAUUAAAUAAUAUGCAUAGUUACUGAUAUAACAAUGGUUUUAAUUUACUUUUAAAUUUAUGGUGAGGUUGCAGCUUUAUAUGUUUGCAUUUUAUUUUGUUUUAAUUAUUUGUACUCUGUUCAUUUAUCUUUGUAUUUUAACUGUUUCUUAGCCACUUUAUAAGCUUUUUAUAUAGUGAAAUAUUUUAUAUAUAUCAUAAUUAUAUCUGGAGCAUUGCAUUUCCAAAUCUAUGAUAAAUGAUCUAUAGUUAAUUGUUUACUCAGGAGCCCUUAGUGGCCUAUAAAAGUAAUUCCAUAUCAUAAUGAGAGUUGAAUUUAAUUAUUUCUAAAACUCAAGCAAUAAAUAAUACUGUUUUGCUCAACUGUAUAACAUCACAACAUAUAUAAACAUUUUACAU